GGUCUGAUUAAUUGCUAGACUGAUUGAGACCCUGUAUAUAUAGUGUUAGCUUAAGUGGUGGGGAGCUGCCGGGGGAAAGACAAUGAGGGUCCGAGAGCACAAGAUAGGAGAGAGAAGCAGAGUGGGUGGUGAACAGGGCCAUUGCAGAAGGAUGGGAGUGGGACAGGUUGAGAUUCCGGAAUCUUGGCUCUAGCCAGUGGAGGAAGGGGCAGACUUGCGGAAGAGGAGGGACUCUGGCCCCAGGGGACUGACUCAAGCCACCUCCCCGCCCAACUCAGGCAGCCUUUCCUCUACGCCUGCAGUUCUCUGACAGUGCAUUCCUGAGCCCCGCUAGACGCUUUCAAAGGUAGACAAAUCCUCAGCUUGAAGUGAAAGUGGGAUACCAUGGCAUCGGUGUGGACUGGGAACAGAGGGACCAUUCAAGAUUAUGCAAGCUUUAACCCAUCAGCAGAUGCUGAAGCUAUCCGGAAGGCAAUCCAAGGAAUAGGAACCAAUGAGGAAACUCUUAUCCACAUUCUGACAACAAGAUCUCAUGCACAGAAGCAGUUGAUUGCUAAGGAAUAUCAAGUAGCAUUUGGAAAGGAGCUGAAAGAUGACUUGAAGAGUGAUCUCUCUGGCAAUUUUGAAUAUCUAAUGGUGGCUCUCAUUACGUCACCAGCUGUAUUUGAUGCAAAGCAGUUAAAGAAAGCCAUGAAGGGCACUGGAACUAAUGAAAGUACAUUGAUUGAAAUUCUAACUACCAGAAGCAACAGACAACUGAAGGAGAUCUCCCAGGCUUAUUAUACAGCAUAUAAGAAGAGUCUUGGUGAUGCCAUAAGCUCAGAGACAUCUGGAGACUUCAGAAAAGCAUUGUUGACUUUGGCUGAUAUCCUUUAUGAAGCUGGUGAGAAGAGAUGGGGCACUGAUGAAGACAAAUUCACUGAAAUCCUCUGUUUACGAAGCUUUCCUCAACUGAGACUAACAUUUGAAGAAUACAGAAACAUCAGUCAAAAGGACAUUGAAGAAAGCAUUAAGGGAGAGUUGUCUGGACAUUUUGAAGACUUACUAUUGGCUAUAGUUCAUUGUGUGAAGAACAUGCCUGCCUUUUUAGCUGAAAGACUGCAUAAGGCUUUGAAGGGUGCUGGCACUGAUGAAUUGACCCUAAAUAGAAUAAUGGUUUCCAGAUCAGAAAUUGACCUUUUAGAUAUUCAAGGAGAAUAUAAGAAACAUUAUGGAUGCUCCCUAUAUUCAGCCAUCAAGGCAGAUACAUCUGGAGAUUAUGAGAUAGCUCUCCUGAAGCUAUGUGGUGAAGAUGAUUGAAGAAAGCAAAUCCCCAAGAGCCUCUCAUCUUCCUGUGAUGUAUUUCUACCAUCUUUUUAAAAUGCUUUCUUUGAUUCAGCAAAUACAUAUGCCAAUGGAGACAGCAGAUUGUUUUCUUAAUUACAAUUUUCAUUGUUUCAUAAUAAAUUAAACCUUGUUUUAAUGCACCUCAUACAUCAUGUAACUUUUUCUAAAAAAUGAGUUGGAUCAAAUAAUUCCAAAAUGGGCAUUUGCCUGGGAAGUAGAAAUUAAAUACAUUAUGAAAAACAUUAACUAUAAAGUGGGGCAAUAAAAAUUAUUCUGAUUAAAGAUAAA